AUGCAUAGACGAUUACGGCCUUCUCUCUGCAAAUCCCUUCUCCAACCCUCUUGCCGGCCCCCACCGCAUCCGUUUUCUCCGGAUCCAAUCCCUCCAGCUCAUGGAUUCGCCACCCUCCUCCGAGAAUUUCACCUCGUCUCGACCGGCAUCACAGGGACUCUCCACACUCUGACGCCCCCAUCUCACCCACGAACCCAGCUACCGCGUCCGAGCACGGGUAGGAGGUGGAGCUCGGAGCCGGGGUUGGAUGUGGACAGGGAAGUAGACACGAUAAACCUCAAGUUUGCGGAGGCGAGAGAGGAGCUGGAGAUGGCUAUGGACUCAAAAGAGACCGUCUACUUCGACGAAGAGGCUGAAUGUGCGAGAGAUGCAGUGAACGAGGUCCUGGGCUUGUACGACUCGCUUCUUGGGAAGUUGCCGGAGAGUGAGAAGGGUGUUGUGCAGAGGUCGAUGGGGCUCAAGAUGGAGCAGUUGAAGGCCGAAGUCAAACAGUUGGAUGAUUGA